UGGAACUUGGGGAACAGCAGAGGGCGCCAGGUCUGGGCUCAAUACCCUCUGGGGACAGCUGGGACCGGACGCCUGGGUUCUCUGGGCCACACCUCCUCGGGGGCGGGGUUGUGCGUUCUGACCAGUGACCGGCCGUCUCCGAGGCCCCGCCCCUUCACGCCCCCGGAGCCGUGGCCUCGCAGUGCCCCACAGCCCGGCGCCCUGGUCUGGGCAGGUAGAGCGCCGAUCCUGCGCCUGGACAACAAGAUGCCUGGAGAACAGCAGACGGAGGAGGAGGAGGAGGAGGAGGAAGAGAUGAAAGAGGAGAUGGUGCUGCUGGUGAAGGGUGAGGAGGAUGAGGGUGAGAAGUAUGAAGUGGUGAAACUCAAGAUCCCCAUGGACAAAGAGGUCCCGAGGGAGGCGCCAGCGCCGUCUGUAGAUCCGGCGCGCCCACACGCGUGCCCGGACUGCGGCCGCGCCUUUGCGCGCCGCUCCACGCUGGCCAAACACGCACGCACGCACACGGGCGAGCGGCCCUUUGCGUGCACGGAGUGCGGCCGGCGCUUCUCGCAGAAGUCGGCGCUGACCAAACACGGCCGAACGCAUACGGGCGAGCGGCCCUAUGAGUGCCCCGAAUGCGACAAGCGCUUCUCGGCCGCCUCGAACCUGCGACAGCACCGGCGGCGCCACACCGGCGAGAAGCCGUACGCAUGCGCGCACUGCGGCCGCCGCUUUGCGCAGAGCUCCAACUACGCCCAGCACCUGCGCGUGCACACGGGCGAGAAGCCGUACGCGUGCCCGGAUUGCGGACGCGCCUUCGGCGGCAGUUCGUGCCUGGCGCGCCACCGACGCACGCACACAGGCGAGAGGCCGUACGCAUGCGCCGACUGCGGCACGCGCUUUGCGCAGAGCUCGGCGCUGGCCAAGCACCGGCGCGUGCACACCGGCGAGAAGCCGCACCGGUGCGCGGUGUGCGGCCGCCGCUUCGGCCACCGCUCCAACCUGGCGGAGCAUGCGCGCACGCACACGGGCGAGCGGCCCUACCCGUGCGCUGAGUGCGGCCGGCGCUUCCGCCUCAGCUCACACUUUAUUCGCCACCGGCGCGCUCACCUGCGGCGCCGUCUCUACAUCUGCGCCGGCUGCGGCCGGGACUUCAAACUAUCCCCGGGCGCCACAGCAGCCACUGCCACUGAGCGCUGCCCAGAGUGCGAGGGCAGUUGAGCCGCAGUUCUUGUCGCCGCGGGGCUGCGAGUCCGGCUGGGAUUGGGGGGUAUACGGGGAUCCCGGACUGGGGCUGCAAGAGUUGGACGACUGCCUCUCCCCACCGCCCGAGUCUGGGAAAGGAUGGGACGGCAGGACUGGUUGCCGUGGAACUGGCAGAAAGGGAGAAUCCCCUACUGGGAUCCCUGGGAACCCUCCCCUCCCUCACUACAUCACCUCGGCCCAUGUUAGUGAAUAAAGUAUUAAUCCUCA